AAUUUCUUGACUGACCCAUUGAUUUAACCUGGACCUGGAGAGUAUGAAUGAUGGCCUUGACUAGAGCGUAUCUCAUUGAAAUCAAUAGAGGGGUUGCUGAGGCGUAUGUUAAAGAAGCGAGUUGUUGGUGUUUGUUGUUCGGACAAUGAAUGCUUUACUCGUGAACAGGAUUCAGGGUAACGUAACCCGACCAUUGUGUUCCUAGUUUGCGGAGUAGACAGAAGUUUGGAGCUGGUCGGGACCUCGGCGGGGUAAAUAUCAGGCAAUUCAAAAUAUUUAGUAGUCAGGUAAAAACAGUAAACCUCUUCCUAAGACACAACACAGCCAGCAUCUCUCAACAACUCCAUAUACGCCGGAUACCAUUCCAUUAUUUUCCAGAAGAAAUCAAUACACACCAUUUGACCUGAAAAUGGAGGCCGCUGCAAAACUUUUCUUCUCCUCUCCACGAUUCGCCGUCGCCGGCGCCAGCACCGAUCCCAGCAAGUUUGGCUACAAGAUCCUCGCCUGGUACCACCAGCACUCCCUCCCCGUCACUCCCUUGAACCCGCGGGCCUCCGAAAUCCCCCUGCCCUCAAAGACAUACAAGACUGUCCCGUCGCCCUCCGCUCUCCAGGUGCCUACCCAGACAUCUCUCUCCAUCGUCACCCCACCCAAAGUGACGCUGGCGGUCCUGAAGGAGGCAAAGACGUUGGAUAUCCCCGCCGUGUGGCUACAGCCGGGAACCUUUGAUAACGAGGUGCUAGAGUACGCGCGGAAGAACUUCAAGGCGGCGAUUGCGGGGGAGGAGGCGGGCAGUAAUGGGAGUGAGGGCUGGUGUGUGCUUGUUGAUGGGGAUGAUGCGUUGGAGGCCGCAGGGGUGAGUUGGACAGCGCAGAAGCUGUAGUAGUUUUGGGUGUUGGUUUUGAUGGUGGACAGAUUGCUUGCGAACAGAAUUUUCCCAGCGCUCUGAAAUUAGUAGCAAAACACUGCCAAGAAAUCAAAAUAUACAUGUUUCUCUGAAUCAUUCAAUUAUCAUUCAAUAUGCAUCUUUUUCAAUUAAAUAUCACUCGUACACAUCUUUCUUAUAUUUAUCAUCAAAGUCAUGCAUAUUGUUCGACAGGAUUGCGGGCCGACCGCUUCGGCCCACACGCUCGCUGCGACCGCCAAUCCACGUGAUCGGCGAUCGCAAGCUCC